GGCCCAGCGACUCUCGGGUAGCGCUGGGACGCGCCGCCGCCGCGCCCGCCCCUGGACCCCCCGGGCUCGACGACACGAGGUCUCCACUCCAGGGUAGGGAUCCUUUUAAGGCCCUUCUCCUGCCACCUUUGAUCAGCCUCACUAGGACCAGAAGCAGAGAGAGAACCCACAGACUCCCUCAGCCUCAGCACUGGGGACAGCGCCUUAGUAAAGUCAAGGGUCGCCUUGUGCUCCGCCAUCUUCAUUGAGAGGAAGGGGCUGAGAAGGAUCCCUGAGUCCAGCCUGCCAUCUUCCCUGGCCCCAAGGUGGCAUGGACUAGCAGUUGUAAGCAAUCAAAGCUGAUGCCCGGUCCCCAGGGGGGCACAGGAGCCCCCACCAUGAGCCUGGGCAAGCUGUCUCCUGUGGGAUGGGUGUCCAGUUCCCAUGGAAAGAGACGCCUGACAGCAGACAUGAUCAGCCCCCCACUUGGGGACUUCCGCCACACCAUGCACGUAGGCCGUGGUGGGGAUGUCUUCGGAGAUACGUCCUUCCUCAGCAACCACGGAGGCCGCUCUGGAAACACCCACCGCUCACCCCGAAGUUUCCUGGCCAGGAAGCUCCAACAGGUUCGCAGAGUCGGGGUGCCACCUCGAAGGAUGGCUUCCCCGGCUGCACCAUCACCUGCUCCGCCUCCCAUCUCGCCCAUCAUCAAGAACGCCAUCUCCCUGCCUCAGCUCAACCAGGCCACCUAUGACAGUCUGGUGAUGGGCAAGCUUAGUUUUGACAGCACGCCGGCUAGCUCCACAGAUGGCCACUCUGGUUACGGCCUGGAGUCUGGCUUCUGCACCAUCUCACGCCUGCCACGCGUGGAAAAGCACAGCAACCGUGACCGUGACCGUGACCCGGACCAUUCUCAAGACCGAGAGCAAAGUUCUUUCCCCUCUGAGCCUACCCCUAACCCUGAGCUCCGACGCUCUGACUCUCUCUUGUCCUUCCGUUUUGACCUUGACCUUGGGCCCUCACUCCUCAGUGAGCUGCUAGGGGUCAUGAGCCUUUCAGAAGCUCCAGCUGCUGAAACUCCAGUCCCUACUGCCAACCCCCCUGCUCCUGCAGCAAACCCUGCCCCUACUGCAAAACCCCCAGCCCAUGCGAUAACCACUCUAGAUGCUGUGACAAGCCUUCCAGCCUCUGCUGUGACAAGCCUUCCAGCCCCUGCGGUGGCAAGCUCCCCAUCCCGUGGACAUUUCCCCAAUGGGGUAACUUCUGUGUUGGGCCCUGCGGCUGAGGCAAAGCCCAGUCCUGUGGGAGAGGGUCCCCAGGUACCCUCCAACAUGGCCUUUGACAGGCAUGGAGCCAGCUGGGGGGCCAGCCGGGCCAGCUGGGGGGCCAGCCGGGCCAGCCGCCACUACACUGAGAUGGAUGCCCGGCGGGAGCUGGCAGGGGUGUUACCCCAAGUUCAUGGCUCCUGGGAGAGUCUGAAUGAAGACUGGAGCGCGCCUCCAGCCAGUGUCAGGGCUCCUGUGCCCACCUCGGUGCAGGUCAAUGCCUUUGAGUUUGCUGAUGCUGAGGAAGAUGACGAGGUCAAGGUGUAAGGGACUGGCCAUGGGCUCCAGGUCCUGUCAGCCUCGGGGCUCACAGAACAGAGGGGCUGAGUUCAUUUGCCUAACAGCUACAAGAUGUGGUCAACGGGAGUUGCCCCAGAUCCUUCCUGGUCUAUGCAAGGCAGGCAUGGGUCCCCGCUGACCUGACCCAGCUCCCUCCACUGUCCCUAGGCCCACUAGCCCUUCAGUUAUAACCUACGCCACCCCCUGUGGUCUGACAGUAUGGUCUUUGUGCCCCAGGACACUUCCCUAGUGGGGUGGGGGUUGGGGCAAGGACCACAUAGGGCCAUUGUCUGUGAGUGGGACUGGCUGCCCCUACUCAUUGAGAGCUACCGCAGAAGGCCUCCACUGUGUUCUCAGUAGCGCGGUUCCAGGCUCCUCCUCAGUUCCCAGAGAAAGGUCAGGCGUGACACAGGAGCAAAUCUUCUGUGUACCCCAGACCUGCCUCCCAUACCUGAUUGUUAAAGCUUCUCUGUUAAGAUCUGCCUGCCCAAGGAGGCAGGCCCGGCCACGGCUGACCUGUGCUUUCUCCUCCUGAGAGUUUGGAAAGUUGAGGACCCCCUUCUGGCGCCCCCCCCUCUAGCUAGGAGAGAAGGGGGGCCAGACGAGCUAAUGAGUAACCAGCCUGGAAUGUUCAACGAUAAGAAGCCCAGGUGGGACCCUUAUCUGCAGUUCCUGGAACACCCUGGCCCCAGGUGCCAGGAACCAGUAUCUGCCCCAUAAUCCCAUGGGGCUGCUUGGCAGGUGCUCAGAUCACCGGGAGGGAGACAGGUCCCCAUGCAGAGGGUGGCUCAGGAGCACCUCCCAUCCUCUCUUCUCAGCAGUACUAUACCCCGUGCCUCAGUUUCCUGCCCCCCCCCCCGGUACCAAAGCCGGGGUGGGGGGGAGCAUUAACAUGCGUGGAAAAUGCUAACAGUUCUUGCUGUGGAAAUAAUAAAUGUGGAUUCUUUUAUUUGACCUUG